AUUAGACAUUUAAAUUUCCAACUUAGAUCAUAGUACGAGGUAAACCAGUUGAAAACUUUCAUCAAGGCCUUCGUUUAUCUGAUAGUUAUUUAUCCUUUAAUUAUUUGUUACUCACGCGAAAGGAAAAAUGAAGAAGGGAUUCCACAUUGUGUGUUCACUUUAUACGUUUUUACAGAUGGUUAUUUCUGACACAGGUUAUUUCUGGCAUGUAACCGACUUUCAUUAUGACUUUACUUAUCACGGUCGACAACUAUCCUGCAAUAAGAAGAAUGUACCGGACAACGUUGGUCAGUUUGGCGAUUUCUGGUGUGACUCACCAUGGUUACUUGUAAACAGCAGCGUUCGGGCAAUGGCUGACAUCAAAUCUGAUGUUGAUUUUGUCCUUUGGACGGGCGAUACAGUUUUACAUGCCAAAAACGAAGAUCUUAGUUAUGACAUUUACGCCGGUAUUCUUGACAACGUUACUGACGUCAUUAAGACAACGUUACCAAAUGUACAUGUGUAUGCGACGUUUGGUAACCAUGACUACUUCCCAUAUAACCAGUUUCCACCUUACAAUAAUCUGCUGUAUAACGACACCCUUGACAGAUGGGGGUCAUGGCUAAAUGACCUUUCUCAACAAGACAAUUUCAGAAAAGGGGCGUACUAUACACAAAAGACACGUUAUGGACUCCGGAUAGUUGGUUUGAACACUAAUUUGUACUAUACACCAAACAAGGCUAUACUCAAUUAUACAGACCCAGCCGACCAGAUUGCCUGGCUUAAUUCUACUCUUGCACAAGCUCGCCAAAACAAGGAAAAGGUGUUGGUAACAGCUCAUAUUCCCCCAGGUGUAUACACACCCGACGGUGUUAUUUGGAUGCAUUUGGUCUACCACGAACCUCUUGUCUCGGUUCUACGGGAAUUCACAGAUAUUAUCGUCGCUAUGCACUUCGGACAUGAUCAUGCAGAUGGGUUUAAAGUUUUGAAAAAUGAGAAAGGUAGAACAGCUGUACCUAUUUUCGUUGCCCCGUCAGUUACUCCGUCAGACCCGUCACAUAACCCAGCUAUCCGACUCAACAGGUGUCCAUCUUGA